AUGGCCUUCACCAGGCAGGUUUGGGCGUUGGUCAAGAAGAACUUCCUGCUUGCGCUGGUUCGACCAUACAUCACGACGCCACUGCGAGCCUUCGUCCUUCCGGUCGUCCUCAUUGCUUUCUUGUCAUUUGCUCGUAACUUGUUUGUCGUCCCGUCCAAAUAUGGGAUUGCAUCGCCUAGUCCUAUCUUGUCUCUAGAUGAUGCCCUGAAGUCAGUGUCCUCUUCACGGAAUAAUGUGGUCUUCGUCAAUAAUGGCUUCGAAAAUGGUGAUAUUACCCGGGUCAUCGACCAGGUGUCCAUGCCCGUACGGGCAAGCGGGAAAUCAGUAACGAUACUAUCAUCCGCCGAUGCGGUCCAGGACAUAUGCAAGAGUUCAAUUCUGGGUACCAGUUCUUGCAUAGCUGUGGCUGUCUUUGCCUCAUCCCCGAAUGAGGGAAAUGGUGGCAGAUGGAACUACACUAUCAAAGCGGACGGUGCUCUAGGGAAGAACAUCGAUAUCGAGUCGACUACCAAUGAUGCCCAAACGUAUAUUCUCCCCUUUCAACAUGCAAUAGAUCGGGCCAUCGCUUCGGUCAGCGGGACACAAGGGCCCAUCAACAAACAGGUUAUGCAAUAUCCAUACACAUCCAAAUCUGAAGAAGAGCGUAUCAAGGACAACCGCAUCAGAUAUACUGGCACGAUCAUCAGUAUUCUGGGAAUCGCCUUUCUCGUGGGUAGCAUUGGUAUCACCUAUCAGUUAACCGGCCUUGUUGCAACCGAGAGGGAGUUGGGUAUCUCCCAGCUUAUCGACUGCAUGAUCCCAACCACAAGCCCUUGGAAAUCCCAGGCUGCUCGUUUCCUUUCUGUCCAUCUCGCCCUUGACAUCAUCUACUUGCCAGGCUGGAUUGCAAUGGCUAUAAUAUUAAAAGCCGUCGUCUUUACGAAAUCCUCCGUUGGCAUUCAGAUAAUAUUCCAGCUCCUGGCCGGUCUAUCCCUGGCCUCCUUUGCCUUGUUCGGAGCAUCCUUCUUUAAAAAGGCACAGUUAAGUGGAAUUACAGUCGUUAUUACCUCGUUGGGUCUUGGUAUCGUUGCGCAAGUCGUUCACCCAUCCAGCUCCGCUGCUGUUGCCAUUCUAUCCCUCCUGUUCCCUCCCAUGAACUUUAUCAACUUUGUCAUUUUCAUGGCAAGAUGGGAGAGACAGGAUCAAGCGACCAAUCUGGUGAAGAGUGCCCCUGAAAGUCCCUGGAGUAUCCCUGGCAUUGUCUUUUGGAUAUUCGCCAUCAUUCAUAUCAUAGUCUUCCCGAUCCUCGCCGCCAUCGUAGAGCGUUUGCUCCACGGUACUGGGUCAAAAUGCAGAAAGAGCAUAAGAUCGGAUCUCGCUCCUUAUGCCGUCUCUCUCAACGGCUUUACGAAAGAGUACAAGCCAAGCUGGUUUCACAGAACUGUCGCCCCGAUUUUUGGAAGCCAUCGUGAAACAGUCUUGGCUGUCGACGACCUCAACCUCAAUGUUAAUAAAGGUGAAAUCAUGGUCCUCCUUGGGGCUAACGGCAGUGGAAAGUCAACAACUCUAGAUGCCAUAUCAGGAGUUUCAAAAACCACAUCUGGCGAGGUCUCUGUGGCUUACCCUGAAAAUGCUGGUGGCUUCGGCAUGUGCCCCCAGAAGAAUGUUAUCUGGGACAAACUUACUGUACAAGAGCAUAUUUCAAUUUUCAAUGGCCUGAAGACUCUUGAGAAGCCUGACAGCAAGGAAGAAAUUGCGGAACUUGUAGCCGCCUGCGACCUGGAUAAGAAACUGAAGGCUCUUGCCGGAACCCUAUCUGGUGGUCAGAAGAGAAAGCUCCAAUUAGCCAUGAUGUUUACUGGUGGAUCAUCUGUAUGCUGUGUUGAUGAAGUUUCAUCUGGCCUAGACCCUAUUUCUAGACGAAAGAUAUGGGACAUUCUUCUUGCAGAGCGAGGCAAAAGAACCAUUCUACUAACCACCCAUUUCCUUGAUGAAGCCGAUGUGAUUGCAGAUAGAAUCGCAAUCUUAUCCAAAGGCGUUCUCAAAGCCGAAGGUUCUAGCGUCGAACUUAAGCACAAGCUUGGAUCUGGCUAUAGGAUCUAUGUCUACCAAGGGCUUACGUCGGAGAAAUUGCAAUUUCCAGCAACUUUGCGGACUGAGACCCUUCACGACCAGGUCAUCUUUACUGUUGCUGACUCUUCACAGGCAGCUAGGUUUGUUAGCCAGUUGGAAGAAAAGGGUAUCACCGAGUACCGUGUCAGUGGCCCAACUAUCGAGGACGUCUUCUUAAAGGUUGCCGAAGAGAUCCAUAGCGAAGCCGAAAGCUGGGAAGAAGAUGGAAAGAGCGGGAAGAUGUCCGAUCAGACUCCGCAUCUCCUCACCGGACACCGAAUUGGAAUGGUCCAGCAAGCAUGGGUCCUACUAUGCAAAAGAGCUACUAUCCUUCGUCGAAACUACCUUCCUACUAUUGCUGCGUUCCUACUCCCGAUUAUUGCUGCCGGAUUGGUAUCCCUCCUUAUGAAAGACUAUGAGCUUCCGGUCUGCACGGGGCCAGCCGCGUUCUCUCAAUCCAACGUAAACUCCAUCUUAAACCAGGUUAAAUUGAAGCUGGUAAUUGGGCCAAGCAGCAAGCUUUCUGCGGGAAGUCUAAUCUCCCUUGGUGGAGGACUUGGUGGUGGUGCUGGCGGCUCACUUCCCGCAAAUGUUACAGAAGCUUUGCGAAACGGUACUCAUGUUGUAAAUUCCCUUCAGGAAUUCAACGAUUAUAUUGCUACUAACUUCAGGAACGUUACUCCCGGCGGAUUCUACCUUGGAGAUGACACUUCGCCGCCAACGCUGGCAUGGAAGGGAAAUUCCGGCGUUGCCUUAGCUUCAAUCCUACAGAAUCAGAUGGACAAUCUCUUAUACAACAUUUCCAUCUCUACUCAGUACCAGAUCCUCGAGGUCCCAUGGAUAUCAUCAGCCUCGAGCACACUCCAGCUUAUUAUCUACUUGGGCCUGGCUCUAUCUGCUUAUCCAGCUUUCUUCUCCCUCUACCUUACGAUAGAGAAGCUUCGACAUGUUAGAGAUCUACACUACAGCAACGGUGUUCGAAGCCUUCCGUUAUGGCUAUCUUAUCUGUCAUUCGACUUCGCCAUCGCCCUUACGUCUACCGUCAUAAUGGUAAUAGUCUUCAGGGCGGUUUCCUCUAGCUGGUAUCAUCUAGAGUAUCUUUUUGUCGUCUUUUUCCUGUACGCUAUCACAUCGACGCUGUUUGCCUACAUAAUCUCGGUGUUUGCUUCGUCCCAACUUGCCGCAUUUGCUUUUGCUGCUGGAGGUCAAGCGAUAUUAUUCCUCGUCUACCUCAUAGCAUACAUGUCAGUGGUCACCUAUGCACCAACUGACCAAGUACAAAAUCUUCUGUUAGUCGUGCACUUUGCCAUUGCUACAAUCUCACCGAUCGGCAAUGUAAUCCGCUCCCUCUUUGUGGCCCUAAAUGUCUUCUCGACCAUCUGCAGGGAUAAAGAGAUAGUCAGUUACCCUGGAGAUAUUACGGCGUACGGUGGCCCUAUUCUCUACCUCAUCUUGCAGGCGCUUGUAUUAUUCGGGGUGCUUUUAUUCUGGGAUUCUGGCUUGUCGUUCCGUCGCUUUACGAAGAAAAGGCAAUCUGACCGAGAGAAAGAGAUCAAUGGCGAUCCAGACCUUGGACAUGAGAUUCAGCGUGUGUCGAGUGCUAACGAUGGCCUUCGAGCCAUCCAUUUGACCAAGACUUUUGGGAAAUUCACAGCAGUCGAGGAUGUUACGUUUGGGGUACCCCGUGGCGAAGUAUUCGCCCUGCUGGGACCUAAUGGUGCCGGAAAAUCCACCACCAUCAGUUUAAUCCGAGGAGAUAUCCAACCCUCUAACAGCGGCGGCGAGAUCUUCGUCGAAAAUAUACCAGUCACCACACAACGAGCGACAGCCCGCUCCCAUAUGGGUGUUUGCCCGCAGUUUGAUGCCAUAGACCAACUGACUGUGCUGGAACAUUUGAGAUUCUACGCGCGCAUUCGAGGAAUCCCGGACGUGGAACACAAUGUACGCGAGGUUAUUCGAGCCGUUGGCCUCACGCCCUACGGGAAUAGGAUGGCGAUGCAACUGUCUGGUGGAAACAAGAGAAAAUUGUCUCUUGGAAUUGCAUUGAUGGGCAACCCAACAGUGCUUUUGUUAGAUGAACCCUCAUCCGGCAUGGACGCUGCUUCCAAGCGAGUCAUGUGGCGCACACUUGAAUCCGUUGUCCCUGGCCGAUCGUUAGUCCUGACGACGCAUUCUAUGGAGGAAGCCGACGCUCUCGCUACCCGUGCUGGUAUUAUGGCCAAGCGAAUGCUUGCCAUCGGCACUACUGAUGACCUCCGCCGCCGUCAUGGCAACGCAUAUCAUGUCCACAUCGUCCACCAGGAUGCACCACAUACCUCUGUAGCUGACAUGGAAGAGAUACGUGCCUGGGUCGCUAGCACACUUCCUGGCGCAUCCAUCGAACGAAAAACAUACCACGGCCAGCUUCGCUUCAGUCUGAACGGCUCAUCGUCUCUCUCCGGGCCACACAAUAGUGAAUCUGGUUCGCCGACACAAACUGGCGAGGAUGACUGCAUAUAUGCGGACUCCCCGGUAACUGGACGGAGCAUUGGCGACCACGACGACAAGAUCAGUACUAGCAAGCUGUUCUCGCUCCUUGAACAGAACAAAGAAAGGCUACAUUUCGCUUACUAUUCUGUCAGCCAAACCACUCUUGACCAAGUGUUCUUGACCAUAGUUGGGCAACAUAACAUCAAGGAGGAAGGAGAGUAA